AAUGUUUACACACUCGUAGUUUCAGUUACAGUUCCUCGAGCACUCGGGAUUGGCUUAUGAGUGUUGAUUUUAUUCUCAAGAUGAACCUCCUCGUGAAUGAUCAGACUCGCCUUCCGUCACGGCAGUAAUUCCAGGCUCAUCUCUGCAGGACUCAAUCUUCCUCAAGUCAUGCGAAAUAUUGUGGGUGCAUACGUUCUGCAUAUCCGUCAGUCAGUAUACAAAUUCCUCAACCUUGAGUUUCACAAUGCUUCAAAUCAACAGAGUUUGCUCACUGGAAUGUGGAGGCGCAGUGAUGCUGGCUGCUGCUUGCCUUCUGCUGGAGGUGAUAAGCACCACCUCUCUUCCUGUGCCGCUGUCGAAGAGGGGAAGGCUUCACGGGCACCAUUACCUCUCCGACGCAGGAUAUGCUGAACAGGAACAGCCGAAGGAAAUCGUGGUGGGCAGGUGCAAGUUGCACUUGUGGCCGCGGGACAGCGUGUGGAGGCUGGAGGAGGGCGAGGAGGUCACGAUGACCGUCGAGGUGGUGGGGAACUGCGAGGAUGACAUCAUGCUGACGGUGCAGUCAAAGGAGGGAGACAAAAGCCAGCAGGUGAUCCCAGCAGGCUCCUCCGGUACGGUGUGGAAGUCUGGCCGCGCGCGACUUGCCCGUCAAGGCGAGAAGUUGCACGUUUACUUGGCCACUCAGGAACAGAAGAUAUUCUUGACAAAACUUGUGGAGGUAGACUUCCCGCCGAGAAUCACCAUGCUGACGGCCCUUCCUUACCAGGGACGAAGCCUGUUCAUGUAUUUCAUGUACUUACUGAUUCAAAGGCAAAAAGAGCUUAUCACGGGCAAAAGCAUGUCCCCUCUGCUCGGGUGGGACAUGGGCGAGUCUGUGUCUGUCAGAGUGAGGGUGGAAGGCAAUCCCAAACCUAGGAUUGUAUGGAGAGUGAAGAAGACCGACAUCAAUCCUGGCGAGUCCUUGGGACAUAACUACGAGGCUCUUAACGAGACGAGGAUCACGUCCACGCAGUCUGUGUACGAGUUGCAGCUGCGGCAGGUGACUCUUAAGAUGGCGCAGGACGGCCUGAAGCUGAUUGCGCGAAACAAACUGCAACAAAAUGUGCUGCCCAUUAGUGUGUCGGUGAACAUGUUUUCCGUGGCGUCGCAGAGACAGUUAGCGAGCGCCGUCACCAAGAGCCUGAGUCUCGUGGUGCUCAUGUACGCGGCCAUGUUUGUGAUCCACGCAAUAAACAGGGUGUACAACCACGUGGCCAGAAUAGCCAGGGAACAGUGGGACGGUGUGAUAUACCACCGAGUUACCAUGUGGCUACCGCUCAGGACAGUGAACCGCGUCUUUCAGCCGCUGGUUGGACUGUGCAUCAGUCUCGCCUUGAUGGCCUACUUUAAUAUACAAGGACAGUUUCUUCGACUGCUUCAAGCCCUGUUCAUGGUUUUGUUCGUCACUCUGGUCUCGUACAUGUACGGAAGCUACACGAGGGUGCGGGCCGCGUUUUGGAUGACGGCCUUGGGCAUGCUGAGCCACAUGGGCAUAUUUCUUCUGGCCGCCUCGACCACUGAAGUGGUGGUGCACGCCUCUUACGGGGUGACCACCAACCUCGUGCAGCUGGGCCUGCAGGUGCAGUGUGUGUCGCAGAUUCAUGUUAGCAUGUUUCGCGAGUCAGUGCUGGCCUAUCUCAAUCCUGUCACCAAGAAACCGUCUGAUUACGCUGAAGUGAUGCUGGUCAAGGAGAGGGACAUGAAAAUGGCUCAGGAAGCCAUGAAGCUCAAAGCUGAUUCCACGCUCAACGACGCCACGGGAGAAAAGUUUGGGGAACAGAGGAUUUCUGAGCAGAAGAACCGCGCAGUAGACAGAGCAUAUGAAGUGGAACGUUUUGCAAAGGUGAGAAAGGAGAGCAGAGGAGGUCGCAAAGGAAAAACCAAGAUGAAGAAGAAAUUUGUAUUCAAAAACCUUAACGUGUGUCAAGAACUUGGUAGCAAUAUUCUGAUACAGUGUCUAACGAACAAGAAGAAGGUUUACCGUAAGUGUGUGGGCAAUUACCCCUUGAUCUUUAGGUGGCUGGGUAAGUUAAUCUGCGGAGCGAUAGGAAAAUCCAUCAAUUGCGUCAGCAUGUACAAGGACACUGAGAAGAAGCUCAAGUGUAACCCGCCGAUGGACGUGGAGGAGGUUGCGCAGGGCCUUUUGCUCCUGCAUGACGGACCCACUAUGUUCUACGGCGACGCGAGCCCCCGCGACUUGCAGCAGAUGUACAACAAGCCCGUCAACAUCAAGUUUGCACGAGACAAAACGCGACAGGACGCAGAAACGAUCACCAAAAGAUUGGAAGAUGCCAAAGCGUGCAUGUCAGUCGUGUACACUGCGGUCGUCAUUUAUUUAGUUGUGUACUCGGCGAACAAAGUCAUCGGCGACAUGAUCAAAUACGACCAGAGCCUCAGCUGGGAGAACGUCUACAUCGGCAAGUACUUCAGGAAGAUAGACAGGAAGAGGGGGAGGCUCGGCCUUCCUCGGCUGCUGCCACUAAAGAGGCAGGAAAAGCGAAUCUAUAUUGAGAGCAUGUUUUCCACUAAACCCAAGAAGGAAGAGAAGGAGGAACUCAAACUAAGAGUAACAUUUUGCGUGGCCGUCCAGAUUCUUACUGCCAUCGCGUUCCUGAUAGACUAUUUUGUGUUCACCGUCACCAUCUACGAGGUGGUGAGAGAAAACCUCACCUACUCCGUGCACAUUGAUGACUAUCUCAAGGUUCAUGCGCCGGGAGACUCCUUCCUCUCUUCACUGAUGAACCUCGUGUUCGAAAAGAUCAACGUGGACAACCAGGUGCUGAAGACAUUCAGAAUGGACAAGUGUAACCCGAAGGUGCACUUCCCCAACCUGGCAUUGUACACCAAGCACGAGGCUCUGCUUCUCUUCCUUUUCCUGCUCACCUUCGUCUUGCGCUGUCCGGACAGACUCAAGCACGUCAUCCUGAGGUUCUACUACCCCAACAGAGACAGGAAGAGGCAAAUCAAGCUCUACUCCAAUAUUCUGUUCACUCGGGAAAAAUUCGUACAGCUGGCAGUCAAGCGGAUGGUGUGGGCGCGAGCCCACGGGAAGCUAACCAAACUACAGGACCCCCAGUGGCAGGAUCUCCUCCUCCGCCAGUUCAGGAGCCUCAGUUUUGUCUUACGCUACUUUUUCCAAGCCAAGUGUGCAAUUUGCGAAACGAAAGGAACGAAACGGUACGUCAUGUGCAAAGGGCCUGCCUGUACCAUGGUGUAUUGCCGCCCGUGCUGGGAGCUUCUGGGAGCCAGGUGCCUCAGCUGCACCUUGGUCAUCACUCAAGAACUGCUGGAGAAGUUUGCCGCAGACGAACAGGGGCUCUUUGAAAAGUGAUGAGGCAGGUUAGCUCCCUCAUAAAACUCUUUUACUAUGUGAGAGAUUCUGUUCAAGGACAAGGUAAAAAAAAAAAAAAAGCCACUGAAGGUGCCAGUCCCUAAAGAGUAAUGUGAAAAAGGAUUAUUGAUAAUUGUUAUUUCACUUAACUCUGCUCCACGUAAUGUUUACGAAUUAUUUCUAUUAUAA